AUCAUACCUUCCUAAACUACAUAACUUCCUUCUUAGCUUUCUCCUUUGCCAAUAUCUCGUAGCUAACUCCGAUGGGUGUCCAUAGAGACUUCAAUGUUUCGACAAUGGUUAAACACAUCGUGGCAGCGGCCGUGCCACUGCAGGAUCACCGGCUACCCUUAACAAACUUGGACUUUCUAUUACCUCCAUUAGAUGUUAAUGUUUUUUUCUGUUACAAAAAUAGUGUUACUACCAUACAUGACAACGAAGGGCAACAAAAUAAUACGUUCAAGUGUAAGGUAAGUGUACUAAAGAAAGCCUUAGCUGAAGCACUUGCGUACUUCUAUCCCUUUGCAGGUGAAGUUGUUAAGAACUCCGGUGGCGAGCCGGAAGUUCUAUGCAACAACCGCGGUGUCGAGUUUGUUGAAGCAUUUGCGGACGUUGGUCUUUGUGAGCUUGAUUUGUACAAUCCUGACCAGAGUAUUGAAGGCAAAUUGGUGCCUAGGAAGAAAGAUGCCGUGUUCUCGGUUCAGGUGACCGAGUUGAAAUGUGGGGGAACAGUAGUGGCUUGUGCAUUUGACCAUCGAGUUGCAGACGCCUACUCAGCAAACAUGUUUUGGGUCACAUGGGCCGAGAUGGCAACCUUUAAGCCCAUUUCAACAACACCUGGUUUUCACCGAUCUCUUGUUAGCCCAAGAAGCCCACUUAACUAUAACUCCACUUUUGAUGAAAUGUAUAUACCCAUUUCAUCCCUCUUAAAUUCAAAUCCAAAUCAAAAUAUGGACCCACUUAUUACCCGAGUUUAUUAUGUCUCAAAAUACCAACUUGAUAUCCUUCAAUCAUUGGCUCAAAUUGAAUGUUGCAAGAAAAUUAGCAAACUUCAAAGUUUUAGUGCUUUUCUUUGGCAAAUCAUUGGUUCUCAUACUUGUCAACUCGGAAUGGAUCAUGUGAACAAGAUUAGUAGGAUGGGCAUCGUUGUAGAUGGGAGAAAUAGAUUAAGCAAUGAAGAAAGCAAGGAGAAAGCACAAGCUUUUAAUUCUUACUUUGGAAACGUGUUAUCAGUACCAUUUGGUGAGCAAAAAUGUGGUGAUUUAAAAGACAUGUCAAUUAGUAAAAUGGCAAAAUUGGUGCAUGACUUCCUAGCAAAAUCAGUAACAAAGGAUCACUUCUUGGACCUCAUUGAUUGGGUUGAGGCCCACCGACCUGAGCCCGCAAUGACAAAGAUCUAUUGUACCGAGGACGGAGAUGGGCCGGCCUUUGUGGUGUCGUCGGGCCUAAGGUUUCCUGUUUCAAAAGUGGACUUUGGAUGGGGCAAACCAACGUUCGGAUCAUACCAUUUUCCAUGGGGUGGUAGUUGUGGUUAUGUGAUGCCUAUGCCAACUCCAUUAGAAAAUGGAGAUUGGGUUGUGUACAUGCACCUUCACAAAGAACAACUUGACUACAUUGAAGCUCAAGUUCCCAAAGUGCUCAAACCCUUUUCUUUGGAGAUGAUUAACUCCAAUUAACCAUGUCAAAUAAGUAAAAUUAGGCAAUAUAAAUAUGCACAUUUUUUUUAUAACA